AUGGAUCAAAUUGGUAGCAGAGAUGGUGAGAAACCACGAAAACCAGAAGAAAAAACCCCGCCAUCACCAAAAGAACCAAAAGAAGAAAAAUCCACCGCAAAUCACCUGAAGACCGGGCACUUCCCAGAUGUCAUAUUGUGCAUUAUUACUAUGAUAUGUGAUUUACAAUCUGAUAAUGGAUUAGGAUUUCCGGAUUUAUUAAUAGUAAAUUGUCUUUAA